AUUCUUUGCACGCUCCCGUGACCUGUUUGCGCGUGGCUGUGUGCGGACUCGCCCCUGUGGCAGAGGACACAUCUCAUUAGCAGACAGACGGACUGUGCGCCACGUGGACCCUCCUCCACAGGAUGAAGCGAUUUAGCCUUUUGUUGAUGCUGGCAGCUGUCCUGAGCUUCUGCCAGGCUCAGUCAGAGUCGGGCGGCGAAGGGGAAGGGUUGGAGGAGGAGCCAGUGGAGCUGUUCACAACACCAACCACAAAGCUUGGCGCUGCGGUCUCAGACUUUGGCUACAACCUUUUCCGUGCCUUGGCAAGCCGUGAAACAUCUAGUAACAUCUUCCUGUCACCCAUCAGCGUGUCUGCAGCUCUGAGCCAGCUGUCCCUGGGAGCGUCUGAAGGAUCCCAGAGGCAGCUGUUCAGGGCUCUGAGGUAUCACACUCUGCAGGACCCUCAGCUCCACAGCACCCUGAAGACCAUGCUGGCGUCAGUAACGGCGACGGGGAAGGGCCUGAGCACAGCUGCCCGCCUCUACCUGGCACGAAGACUCCGCCCAAAACAGGACUUCUUCAAAGCGGUGGAGCAGCAGUAUGGAGUUCGGCCCAAAGCGCUUAUGGGAGGAGCCAAAGAUGUGAAAGAAGUCAAUGACUGGGUGUCUCAGCAGACGGGCAGGAAGGUUCUGCAGUUCCUGGCCAAGCCCUUCCCUCGCGCCGCUGGGGUAAACGCCGUGAGCGCCUCCUACUUUAAAGGAAAAUGGGUGACCCGCUUUGGGCAGAGUGGAGCUCUGGACAACUUCCAGGUGGAAGGUGAUGUGCCAGUGCGUGUUCCUAUGAUGCAACAAGACAACUACCCAGUGAAGAUGGGAUCAGACUCUGAUUUGAGCUGUGUGAUCGCUCAGAUCCAGAUGCAGGACGGCGUCAGCAUGUUCAUAUUCCUGCCAGACGGUGUCACAGCUAACAUGACCCUGCUGGAGGAAAGUCUUACAGCUGAAUUUGUUCAGGACCUGGCCAUGACGCUGCUGCCUGCAAAGGUGUCCCUCACUCUGCCUGUUCUGAGGCUCAGCUUCUCCACUGACCUGCUGCCUCUGCUCGGUGACCUCGGUCUCUCUGAGUGGAUGGAGAAUCCGGAGUUGGACAACAUCUCCACUCAGCGCAGCAAGCUCAGCAGCCUUGACCACAAGGUCGUCAUGGAGACGGCACCAGAGGGGAGCCAGUAUCCGGAUGUCGCCUCCACACAUGGCCACUUGACAUACCGAGUGGACCGGCCCUUCCUCUACCUGAUCCGUGACGAGGCCUCAGGGGCGCUUCUCUUCAUCGGCAGGGUGGUCAACCCCAAAGGCCUGACAAUAUAACCCCCCGUGUCCCUCCUCAAAGUGCACACUCUUAGCGGGUCCUAGGAGGGAUUGGGCGGGCGACUGUGAGGUUUGUGUUUCUGUGGACGUACUCAUCAAACACAGACUCGCACAGGAGGAAAUCAUCUAUGGUCUUUUCAUCUUAAAAAAAUAAAAGCAAAGUCAAACCCUG